AUGUCUGCCCAUUUCAAUUUUAUGAAUAUAUUUCCAACCUGUUUGGAUCAAUAUAAUAAUCAUACAAAGAACCUCCCAGGGGAAGAUAAUUUAAAACUUCAACAACCUUGUAUGACUAUUACAAAUAUUUUUAAUUUUCUCCAAAGCAAGGAGAGCUUUAUGCCAAAAUGCGAAGAACUUAUAAUAUAUUUAGACUAUAUAAAUAGCAUAUCAACCACUUCUGAUAUAGAACCAUGUUGCAAAUAUUUCAACUAUAAACUAAAACAAAUACUAAAUUUUCAAAAAAACUAUACCGAAGGCACUAAAGUAGCUUACAGGAGGAUGACUACAAUCACGAAUUCAAUAACAUAUAAGAAUUUUCCUGAUAUAUGUAAAAAUCAUGUUGAUGAUAUUGAUGAGAAAACAUUUAAAAUAUUGGAAACACUGGAUAACCUAUAUAGUAUAUUAAAAAGAGAUGGUAAUAAAUGCCCUUCUGAGACUGAAUGUUAUGAGAAGUUCAUGGAACUAUCAAAAAUUUGUGAUACAUUGAACAACGAUAGUCUUCAUGACUUGCUAAGUAAUUUUAAAAAAGAAAAUAUAAAAAUUAUAGAAGAUACAAAAAACAUGGUACAAGUUAAUUCAAAACAAGAGGUUCAUGCAGUUUCACAUCACACAUCUGGAAUUAAUCCACGCACUAUUAUUUUAGUUUUAUUUACUAUUUCAUUUACUACAUUAAUGAUUACAUUCUUUCUUUAUAAGUAUACACCAUCUGUAUCUUUUUUACAUUCAAUAGCAUGUAUAAUAAGGAGAAUGUGCAAAAGAAAAGAUAAACAGAAUAUAAAAUUAUUAAUUUCUUUUGAAAAUGAUAAUGAAGAAUUAGUUAAUGAAAGUUCUCAAAUAUCAUACAACGCAAUACAAUACUUCUAA